AUGCGGAGUGCGGAUACCCUCGUCAUCAUCAUCCUCGCUCGUACGUUGGUACAGAUUAGCGGUAACAGUGCCCGCAACCUUACAUACGAGUACGAGUAUACGGUCGGAUUCAGCACAGCCGUGACCAUGACGAGUACAGGUACGGAUUGCGCUGGGUACAUGGCCGUACCGUCGCAGUACCCAUCUACACGUAUCUUUUUCGGACAGAGAGGUACACGCCGCAGCGUCAACUAUCAAGUGAUAGGCACCGACGGGGGACCUCCGCCAGGCGGCUGA